AACUCUAUAGUCUAUACUCUCGUUUUAGAAUACAGAUUACAUCACUUGUACGAUAAUCUUCUGCUUCUGAUUGCGUAAUAUCAAACCUCCCUUUGAUUUCCGACCACCGCCUUCCACUUCUUUAGGGUCCACCGUCGUCUCCAGAAAAGAAAAAAAAUAGGAACAAAGUUGCAGUAAAUCCGCCGUUGAAAAUUCAGAAGAGAGAGAGAGGGUGAUUUUGUAAGUUAAUAGAUAUGGAAGAUGAGCACGGCAGCGGCGGUAGUAGCAGUAACUUGGAUACAGGCAAGGCGGAUAGAUCAGUGUGGCUAAUGAAGUGUCCGUUGCUAGUCGCUAAGUCGUGGCAGGCUCAUCCUCCAUCUGAUUCUCUUCCUCUCGCUAAGGUCAUUCUUUCUCUCGAUCCUCUUCAAUCCGACGAGUCUUCUUCUCUCCAGUUCAAGAUGGAGAUGGCUGGAACUGAGACUGGAAACGUGCCAAAAAGUUUUUCCUUAAAUAUGUUUAAAGACUUUGUUCCUAUGUGUGUCUUUUCAGAGGCAAGUCAAGGCAAGGUGUCAAUGGAAGGGAAAGUGGAACAUAAAUUUGAUAUGAAGCCUCACAGUGAAAAUCUUGAAAUGUACGGGAAAUUGUGCCGUGAAAGGACAAACAAGUCCAUGGUUAAGAAUAGACAAAUUCAAGUGAUAGACAAUGACCGCGGUGUGCAUAUGAGGCCUAUGCCUGGCAUGGUUGGUUUGAUCAGUUCAACUUCAAAGGAAAAGAAGAAGGUGGCGCCAGUUAAACAAUCAGACGUGAAAAGAACUAGAAGAGAUCGUGGGGAACUAGAAGAUAUAAUGUUCAAGCUAUUUGAAAGACAACCAAAUUGGGCCCUAAAGCAACUAGUCCAAGAAACUGAUCAACCUGCUCAAUUCUUGAAAGAGAUACUAAAUGAGCUCUGUGUCUACAACAAGAGAGGGACUAAUCAAGGAACGUACGAGCUUAAGCCCGAAUACAAGAAAUCUGUUGAGGACACCGGUGGAGAGUAGGUUAGUUUUUGACUGUAUCAUUAUAUAGAUUCCCUUUUCUUGGGGUAAGGAAAUGGUCAGAAAUAAAUCUGCUAAUUUAAGAGGGGAAAAAAUAUUUUGCUUUUCCUUUAGUUAUAUUUUCUUGGGAGGGGAGAGAUGGGAGGUUGAAAGAAGUUGGUUUAAAUUAAUUGCUAUAGGUAGCUUUAUACUGAAGUAAAACCAAAUAUGAAAUGAAAGUUGCGGGGAGGGAGGGAGUUUUUCUUAUGGCAAUUACGUGCAAGAUCGUCGGAAGUUACAAGAUGAAUUUGUAUAAUGAAUUUUAUGACCAUACGAAAAUGAUGGAAAACAGAUUUCACAAACUUGAUUUUUCAUUU